UAAAAAGGUUUCUGCAUUGAAGAGACAACAGAAGAUUUAAUUAACUUUUUUACUUUUGGGAUAAUUAAAGAAAAUUUAAAAUUGCAAUGGGAAUGUCAACCGCAUAUAACGAAACCGAAAAAACAUGGCGUGCUCCAUCUAAUAAAAAUAACUAUCCCAAGGCUGUUGGUCUAGGACAAUUAAUAUUGCAGAAAUUGAAAGAAACCGAUCCGGAAAAAGUUCUAGAAGUUGAAAAUGAAUCAGGAAAUUCACUUACAGCUGGACAAAUUCGUUCAAAAACAAUUACCGUUGCACAAAACUUAAUUCGACUUGGAAUAAAGAAAGAUGAUAUUGUUAUUGUGUUUUCGAAAUCAAGUAUAAAAAUUAGUCCUAUAACGUUUGCUUUAUAUACUAUUGGAGCUACAGUAAAUUUCUUUUAUUUAGAAUUGAAAGGAGAGGACAUCGAAUACUUUUUUGAACUAUUCAAUCCAACUGCCAUUCUGUAUGAAGAGCAGUUCAAAAACAGUGUUUUUCAAGCUCUAAAAAAUGUCAAACUUUCAAACUUGAAACAUAUUAUAAGUUUAGACUCACAAACUGAAUCAGUUGAUGAAGUUCUAUUCAAACCUACCAAAGAAGAUAUUGAAAACUUUCAACCACCAGAUAUUGGCCAUCCAGAUAAAGCAGUUGCAGUUUUAGCUUUUACAACUGGAUCCACAGGAAAACCAAAGAUUUCUACGUUCUCUCAUUCCAUGCUGUUGCUAGGAAUUCACAACAAAUGGUGGCAAAAAAUGGAUUCGGAAAGUGUAGUUUGUGUGUUAUCAGACUUGCGUUGGACAUGUCAAAUACAGAUAAUGAUACAGCCUAUCUUUUUUGGCUGUAAACGUGUUUACACGUCAAAAUGUGAAAAAGAUUAUGACGAAUCUUCUGAAUAUGAAUUAUUGCAUAAAAACAAAGUUACACAUUUCUUAACGAUUCCAAUACUUCUGAUGCAGACUCUGAAAAAUGCAGAAAAUGCUAAUCAAACUUCGAAACUUAGUCAUUUACGGAUAAUAUUAACUGGUGGAGAAGUUGUUUCGGAUCCACUGAUAAAAUAUGCUGGAGAAAUUCUUCCAAAUUGUCAAAUCGUUAACGGUUAUGGCAUGACUGAGUUGCCUGGAGUUUUAGCAACUGAUGAAUUAGUACUUGAUAGAUAUGUCAAUGGAGGCACGUUAAUGAGUGGAUAUCAGUUGAAAGUUAUUGACGAAAAUGGAAAUCAUUUGGGACCAAACGAAAAGGGUCGAUUAUGUUUUAAGCCAAUUGUACCAUUGAUUGGGUAUUUUAAAAAUGAAGAAGCUAAUAAGGAACAUUUUAAAGGAGAUGAUGGAUGGUUUACAACGGCAGAUUAUGGUUUUAUGGAUUCUGACAAUUUACUCCACGUUGUUAUAAGAUACGACUAUCUACUGCGUUUUAAUGGACAAUUUAUUGUUCCAACUAAACUUGAAGACGUUAUCAAUUAUCAUCCUAAUGUUUUCGCAGCUGCUCUAGUUGGACAUCCUGAUCCAGAAAAUAAAGAUUCAGAUAUUGGAACAAUGUUUGUGGCUCUAAACGAUUAUUCACAUCGUGACGUCAUGGAAAAUGAAAUCUUAGCCUUGUUGAGAGCAAAUUUUACAAAAGAAGAAGCAAAGUUGGUACAAUAUUUGAAAAUUUUAGAUGAAAUUCCAAUAGUUAAUAAUUGUAAAGUUAAUCGAACACUAUUGAAAAAAAUGGCUUCGAAUGAAUGUGAGAAGUCUUUGAAAAUUUAGAAUUAGAAAAUAAUUAUGGUCAGUAUACAAUACAGUAUAGAAUAAAUAAAUUAUUAUUAGCUGCGUUCCUUUGGAAAUAUUUAUCUACUUUUUAGUAC